AUGUCUGACAACAAUUGCUGCUGUGACAACUCUAGCUCUCCUUCACUCAGGAAUUCCUGCCAUCUUCCUGUCACUUCACCCAAUGCUCUCCACUCCACAGAGGUGAGUUGUGGUGAUGUUCCCUGCUCUUCCAGUAGCAGCCUGGGCAGCCAUGUGGCCCAUGACAGCAGCCAUGAACUUUGUGGUGAACGCAGGAGCUUCCAAUCUAACACCUGUGAAAGAAAUGCCUGUAGCCCUUCCAGCUGCUCUCCAACUGUUUCUGACGUGUCUGGAUUCCAUCAAGGAACUAGCUGUCUUCCUCUCACAUCUCAAAGUUCCAGUUUCCGUUCUCCAGUAUCCUCUAGACAACUUGUGAGCCGUCAACCACUGAGCUACCUGACCUGUGGUAAUCAACCAUUGAGCUAUCUGCGCUAUGAUCGUCAACCACUGAGGUACCUGUCCAAUGGAUGCCAGCCAUUCACCUGCAUGUCUGAUUAUUACAGACCCACAAAUUAUACAUACAGCAAUUUUCAGCGAUACUCCUCCUCAGGCAACUGGUAG